UGACAGCAAACAUAUGUGAGUUUUGGGCUUCAAUGCAGGAGUUCUCGUUGUGAUUGAAAAUAGCGUGAUAAAUACAAAUUUAAGCUCUAACCAGCUUUAUCGUUUCGAAAUUAAUUGGUACUGCUAUGGCAUCUCCUUAAAAGUGCACAUUCUUCCUCAACUAUCACGAACCGACCGCUUUAUUGCGUCGUGAAGUUGGCUUGAACCAGUUUUAAAAAUAGCCAACGAGAAUGCCGAUUUUCUGGCAAAAAUUGGUGCUGGUGUCACGGAAAUACCUCCUCUCGGCUGCUGUUUGUCAACGCAACCUCUAUCAGGCUCCGGCACAUUACGUGCCCUCCGGACCACCGAAGUUGUCACCGUACGAUGUCAAUUGUAUUCUGCGAGCGAAUGAACAUACGCAGGAGUUUAUUGGUGGGUCUGUGAAGUCUUACGAUACAAAUCAGCUGGCUUCCAAUUCCCCUAUCGAGGAUUCUCGCAGCGAGGGAAGUUGUGUGCAUACGUCUGGGUUGUUGGUGGGCAUCUUCGAUGGCCAUGCAGGCCCUGCAUGUUCCCAGGUGAUCAGCAAACGACUGAUGAGGUACAUUGCCGCCUCGUUGGUUCCGCCGGAUGAUCUGAAACAGCACAUUUUGGGCGGGGCCCAAAGUCAUUCGUUUAUCAAUUGCCACAAUGAUAAGCUGGAGUUUGUCAGCGAAAUCAAGGAUAUAUACGAGAAGAGCUUCAACUUAUUUGCGAACGAACUUACCAGCACAACCCUGGCUGGCUUCCAGAUGCAUACGGUGUUGGAAAACGCAUUUCUGCGAUUGGAUCAGGAUCUGUCGAAAGAAGCCAUCGAACAUCCGAGCUUGAGAACGAUGUCGGUUGCGAUGAGUGGGGCUGUGGCAGUUGUGGCUCAUGUCGAUGGGCCCCAUCUGCAUGUAGCCUCAGUUGGCGAUUGCUCUGCGGUUCUCGGGACCGUUACGGAUACAGGGCAAUGGAUCUGCAAGAAGCUUACGAACGAACACAACAGUGAUAAUGUAGCGGAAGUUCGACGACUGCUAAACGAACAUCCGGCCACUGAACGGGACACUGUAAUCCGAGGAGAGCGUCUGCUCGGUCAGCUGGCUCCACUUCGCGCUAUCGGUGACUUCCGCUACAAGUGGACCCGCGAGCAGCUUGAGCAGCUGGUUGUGCCCCAGUUCGGUGAACAAGUCAUCGCCCCGUAUUACCUCACACCGCCCUAUCUAACCGCCUGUCCACAGAUUACACACCACAUUCUGACACCACGAGAUAAAUUUCUGAUUCUCGCGAGCGAUGGUCUCUGGGACACGAUGAGCCCCAUACAAACCGUUCAACUCGUGGGAGAACACAUGUACGGAAAAGCCUUCCUUCAGCCACUGAAGCUGCCGAAGCACGAUAUAACUUUUGGGGAAAUAAGUCAAAUGUUGGCAACUCGUAAGGCUGGUCUGCAGAAAAAACCCUUGGACAGGAACGCUGCAACGCAUUUGAUUCGAAAUGCCCUUGGGGGAACCGAGUACGGUAUCGAACACUCGAAAUUGUCCCACAUGCUGUCACUCCCGCAGGAUAUUGUCCGGUUGUUCCGGGAUGACAUCACCAUCACCGUGAUAUACUUUGAUUCAGAGUAUCUGAGGAACUGUCCCACCUAGCAUCAGCUGCCGUCGCAACCGACGGAGAACGUUUCUACGCCGGAUGGUGACACGAGAUGAUAGAGCAUUUGAGGUAAUUGUGGGCCAUUGUGACGCCGUAUGUGUGUCAUCGUAUUUCGUGAUUUAGGGAGAACGUGGUUAAUGCUUCGAAGCAGUCAAAUUCAAUCAGUCCUACAAUCGAGGACACGUGCUUUCCACCUGCGAGGAUAUUUUAUUGUAUAGACGUCGUAUACAAAACGUGGUUUUCGAAUCUGUUUAUUUUUCGUAGUGAUAACUUUUUCUCGCUCCGUUCCUUUCUCGUAUUCUGUGAGUCGCUUGUAAAUUGCAUAUACUGAAAGACUUGAAUAAACAAUAUUUUUCAAAUGCGAAUAAGA